AAUUAAAAACCGAAAUAAGUUUAUACUUUAGAAUUAUUUAAAUAUAAUGAAUGUAUUGUGAAUAGAACGGUUAAAAGCCGUAAAUAAUAAAACGAAUGAUGGUCAGAACUAUCAACAGAAUAAUUCUUUGGAAUUCCUAUGCUUCUAGAUUUAAAAUUUAUAAAAGUUUUAUUAAAAGAUUUUAUAGUUCUGAAAGUGGUUCUAAAACAAUUGAUGUGACUAAGAUUAGAAAUUUUAGUAUAGUUGCACAUGUCGAUCAUGGCAAAAGUACGUUAGCUGAUCGUUUACUUGAACUCACUGGUGUUAUUAAGCCGGGGAAUGAAAACAGCCAGGUUCUAGACCAGUUGCCUGUGGAGAGAGAAAGAGGUAUUACAGUGAAAGCUGUAACAGCAUCUCUCAAUUACACAUUUGAUAAUGAAGAAUAUCUUCUAAACCUUAUAGAUACCCCAGGUCAUGUUGACUUUUCUAAUGAGGUCGUCCGAAGUGUCAAAGCAUGUCAAGGUGUGAUAUUAUUAGUAGAUGCAAAUGAAGGUGUUCAAGCUCAAACAGUUGCUGUUCACUCACUAGCCAAAAGAAAUAAUUUAAUCAUUAUACCAACUCUUAAUAAAGUGGAUUUGCCUCGAGCAGACCCAGAGAAUGUCAAAUCACAACUCAAAUCACUUUUUAAUAUUGAUCCUGACUCUGUCAUGAGUAUAUCAGCUAAGAAAGGAUGGGGAGUUAAAGAAUUGUUACAGGCAGUAAUCACGAGAAUACCACCACCUCCUGUAGAUUGCCAUGAACAUUUCAAAGCGAAUAUAAUAGAUACGUGGCAUGACAAAUAUAGAGGUGUAAUGUGUUUGGCGUAUAUUGAGUCAGGAACUGUGCAAGUUGGUCAGACUGUGAAGUGGAGAUCUGAUUUAAAGCAGCAUACGUUAAAAUAUUUAGCACUUUUGCGACCAAAUGAAGAACCUAUUGAUAAAGCCGUAGCAGGUCAAGUUGUAAUGGUGGGUUGCGGCCCAAAAGGCGGAGGAUGUGUCGGAGACCAACUGCUUUCCUUAGAAUCAGCAGAAAACAUUAAAGUAGCAACAGCUCCAACUGUAAAACAUAUGGUUUACGCUGGAAUAUUUCCCGCUGAUCAAUCUCAACAUUCACAGCUUAGUGAUGCUAUAAGGAAACUUUCUCUUAAUGAUUCUGCAGUUAGUGUCAAUAUAGACUCCAGUCCAGCCUUAGGUCAAGGUUGGAGAGUCGGUUUCUUGGGUCUGUUACACCUGGAUGUAUUCACACAGCGUCUUCUACAGGAACAUAAAGCUGAAGCUAUAUUGACAGCCCCAUCUGUACCAUACAAAAUUAAGAUUAAAGGGUCUAAACUUAUAAAACAGUACAAAGGAGAUGAAAUCCUAAUCACAAAUCCUUUACAGUUACCUGAUUCAAAUAAUAUAGUUGAGUACUAUGAGCCAUUAGUGAUAGGUACAAUAAUAACACCAGUAGAAUACAUUGGAGCAGUUACAGCCCUAUGUGUUGAUCGGCGAGGCACACCACUGCCCUCUAGCGCGGUUGACGAAAAAAUGACAAUGAUGCAAUUUAUUCUACCUUUAUCAGAAGUUGUUGUUGAUUUCCACGAUACCUUAAAAAGUUUGACGUCUGGGUUCGCCAGUUUUGACUACCAAGAUUACGGUUUCCAUCCAAGUUCAUUAGUUAGGAUGGAUGUACAUUUAAAUGGAGUUGUGGUAGAUGAGUUAACAACCAUAGUACACGUUAGCCGUUUAGAAUAUAAUGCUAAAAAGUUAACUGCAAAAUUAAAAGAAAUGAUACCGCGUCAAAUGGUUCAGAUUGCAAUUCAAGCCGUUGUAUCUGGUAAAGUCUACUCUCGUGAAACAAUUAAAGCAUAUAGAAAAGAUGUAACUGCUAAACUGUACGGUGGUGAUAUUACACGCAGAAAAAAGUUAUUAAAACAACAAGCUGAAGGAAAAAAGAAGAUGAGAAGUAUUGCUAACAUAAAAAUACCGAGAAACACAUUCAUAGAUGUAUUAAAACGUUAACCUAAUUUUAAACGAAUAAAGAUUAGUUGAUUAUUUUUAAUACUAUGUUACUAGUAUAUAAACUGUUUUUUUUUCUCAAAGUACCUAAUCUAAAAAUGUUACGAAUCGUCUUGCCAGAAGACUCGACGAAUUCCAACCACUGGAGCAGGCUGGGUUUCGAAAUGGCUACAGUACCGUAGACUACAUGCAUACUGCUCGGCAGAUUAUACAAAAGACAGAAAAAUAAUCAGACGCUGUGUAUGGCAUUUGUGGACUAUGAGAAAGUCUUCGACUUUCAAAGAGGGCGGUUCUGGAUUCAUUUCAUAUCGACUGGCGAUAUAUCGAGGUACUAAGAUGUAUGUGCGAUGCGUCGACGAUGAUCGUUCAUAUCCAAGACCAGAGAACAAGACGAAUUUUCCUCCGGCGUGGGGUAAGACAGGGAGAUGUAAUAUCACCGAAACUGUUUACCACUACGCUGGAGGAUGUCUUAAAGACCUUCGAUUGGGCGGAACGAGGCGUCAACGUCAACGGCGAAUGCAUCUCUCGCCUUCGUUUCACCGACGAUAUCGUCAUCUUUGCGGAGACAUUGGAUGAACAAACGAUUUUAAAUAGUUUAGUUUGGGCCCUCGUUUAUAUUUUGGCCCAGGGCCUUUGGUUACCUACGCUACGCCACUGAGCUAAUCUGAGAACAAUUUACUUUUAGCAAUUUUAAAA